UCAUCUGCUCUCUAGCACUGUUGACGAUUCAAUUCACCACCUUACCACUGCAUCAGCUACUUCAGUUUCAUCUUCUCAAAAAUUUUACUCUCUGAGCAUUGGUUUAGAUGAAAGUAACACUGAUUUUCAAGAAGGUAAUGGUCACCAAGAAAAUAACUUUCAGUUCACAUAUGGAGAUUAUUUUGAUUUCGGUGAUCCAAUUUCAAUUUGUCAAGAGUGUGGUGCUUUAAUGUGGUAUGAUGAAAGAAAUCGAAAAAAUAGAAAUUAUAUCAUUCCAGAGUUUAGUCUAUGCUGCAGUUUAGGAAAAGUGCAAUUGCCUUUUCUAACAGAGCCUCCUGAAGUUCUAAAAGAGUUACUUUAUGACUAUGGUUCAAAGCAUUACAAGAAUUUUCAAAAUAAUAUCAAAGUAUAUAAUCAAAUGUUUGCAUUUACUUCUUCUGCUGGAAAGGUGGACUCAUCUAUAAACAAAGGCCAUAGACGUGCUCCAACAGUCUACAAGAUUAGUGGAGAAAAUGUUCAUUAUAUUGGUAGUUUAAUGCCUAUGCCCGGUGAAAAACCUAAGUUUGCUCAGUUGUAUAUCUAUGACACAGAAAACGAAGUAAACAAUAGGAUAGCACCAUUUAGGUCAAAUGAUUCUGAAUAUACUAUUGACUCUGAGAUUGUUGGCAAGUUACAAAAGAUGUUAGAUGAGAAUAAUACUUUGGCAAAAUCAUUUAGAAUGGCGAAAGAAAGAUUUGCAGGUUCUAAUACAGAACAUGUAAGGUUGAAGCUUUUAAGUUCAAGGGAAAAAGAUGGAAGAAUUUAUAAUUUGCCUGAUGUUUUUGAAGUGGCAGCUUUAGUUGUGCUAUUUGUAGUGGAUGCUUACACUAUGAUUGAGUCAGAACGUUUGUUAUAUUUUAGGAUUCAUCAAAAGGAACUUAGAGCUGAUGAUUACAAGAGUUUGAAAAAUGCUAAAUCUACAGGUCAAAUAAGUGGCUCAAGUGUAGGAAAAAGAAUAGUUUUGCCAUCAAGUUUUAUAGGAGAAUGGCCAGAAAUCAAGCGACUCUUAGACCCUUUACAUCUCAAACCAGUAGACUGUCUUGACAUUGUUUGUCAAAUGUUCAAAAUGAAGCUUGAUAUGCUAAUUAAAGAUUUGAAAAAGGAAAGAUUCUUUGGUAAAGUUGUUGCUGAUGUUCAUACAAUUGAAUUUCAGAAACGAGAUAUACCACAUGCUCAUAUUUUGAUAUUCUUGGAUUCUUUAAGCAAAUUUCCAGAUCCAAAAGAUAUAGAUAAAGUAAUUUGUGCUGAGAUUCCUAAUCAAUUUGAGCAUCCAGAGUUGUACAAGGCUGUAAAAAAAUUUAUGCUUCAUGGUCCAUGCGGUUUUGUAAAUAUAUUUUCACCAUGCAUGAAAGAAGGUCGUUGUUCAAAGUUUUAUCCCAAGUCUUUUGCUGAUUUAACAACUAUUGAUGCUGAAGGGUAUCCAAUAUAUAGAAGAAGAAAGACUGGUUGUUAUGCUAAAAAAGGAAAUGUGGCUCUAGAUAAUCGCUAUGUUGUUCCUUAUAAUCUUUCUUUGCUAAUGAAAUAUCAAGCACACAUGAAUGUUGAGUGGUGUAAUCAGAGCAGAGCAAUUAAGUAUCUCUUCAAAUAUAUAAACAAGGGUUACGAUCGCAUCACUACUAUUUUAGAUAAUGCUGAUGAUAGUGAAUGCUCAAAUAAAGUUAUUGAUGAAAUAAAAAACUAUCUUGAUUGUAGAAAUAUAUCCCCAUGUGAAGCUGUUUGGAGAAUAUUUGCAUACCCUAUUCAUUCUAGAGAACCUGCUAUACAGAGAUUGAGCUUUCAUUUGCCUGGUCAGAAUCCAAUUCUAUAUGAAGAUGGUGAAGAUAUUGAUAAUAUUCUGUCAAAACCCGGGAUUGAUCAAUCAAUGUUUACUACAUGGAUGGAUGCUAAUAACAAUUACUCGGAGGCUAAAGAGUUGACAUAUUCUGAGUUUCCAAUAUUCUUUGUUUAUAAUAAAAAAGAAAAAAUAUGGUCAAGAAGAAAGUGUGGCUAUACUAUUGGAAGGAUUUAUUAUGUACCUCCAACAUGUGGAGAGUUAUUUUAUUUACGAAUGAUGUUGAAUUUUGUUCGAGGUCCUACCAACUAUGACCAAAUCAAAAGUGCAAAUGGUGUUAUUCACAAUAGCUUUAGAGAUGCUUGCUUUGCUUUGGGAUUACUUAAUGAUGAUAGAGAAUAUAUUGAAGCUAUCAAAGAAGCUUCAUGUUGGGGUUUAGGUGAUUAUCUAAGGAAGCUUUUCACUGUGAUGUUGAUGUCAAAUAGUGUGAGCAAACCAGAACAUGUUUGGGAAGAAACUUGGAGCCUUCUAUCUGAUGAUAUUUUGUAUAAUGAAAGAAAAUUGUCUAAAAAUUCAGAUUUAUCUUUGACUGAUGAUUAG